AUCCGCGUUUUCCCCAUUCUAGAGCGGCGGAAAUGGUGAAGUUUCUAAAGCCAAACAAGGCCGUCGUGAUUCUCCAAGGCCGCUACGCCGGCCGCAAGGCGGUGAUCGUCCGCUCAUUCGACGACGGAACCCGCGAUCGCCCCUACGGCCACUGCCUGGUGGCAGGCCUCUCCAAGUACCCUCGCAAGGUCAUCCGCAAGGACUCCGCGAAGAAGCAGGCGAAGAAAUCUCGUGUCAAAUGCUUCAUCAAGCUCGUCAAUUACAACCACAUCAUGCCGACGCGUUACACGCUCGACGUGGAUCUGAAGGAUGUCGUCACAGCCGAUUGCCUGCAGUCCAAGGAUAAGAAAGUUACGGCCGCAAAGGAGACCAAAUCGCGCUUCGAGGAGCGCUUCAAGACAGGGAAAAACCGUUGGUUCUUCACCAAACUCAGGUUCUGAGUGUUUUGCGGGGAGAUAUUUUUGUUCUGCUUUUGUCUCUCAACUUGAAUGUCAAUCUGGUUUAAUGUCAGAUGCGUUGAACUUCUUAUGUUUUUUCCUUAGAUGCAAUGCUUAUUUUGGUGAUUUCUGCUGUCAA